AUGAAUAUCACAUCAGCAGCGGGGAUUAUAUCCCUGCUCGACGAGCCUAUGUCUGAAGUUAAGGAGUUCGCGUUGAAGAGAUUGGACAACAUAGUCGACGAGUUUUGGCCUGAAAUAUCGGAGUCUAUUGAGAAAAUUGAAAUACUUCAUGAAGAUAAAGUAUUUUCACAACAUCAGCUGGCGGCUUUAGUAGCUAGCAAGGUAUACUAUCACUUAGGAGCUUUCGAAGAUUCGUUGACGUAUGCGCUGGGCGCUGGUGAUCUAUUCGAUGUUAAUGCACGAAACGAGUAUGUUGAUACCACUAUUGCGAAGGCAAUUGACUUCUAUACGCAGAAGAGGAAGGCAUUGUUCGUGGACAGCUCAGCAGAAGUUAUAGAUCCUCGCUUGGAAGCCAUUGUUAACCGAAUGUUCCAACGAUGUCUUGACGAUGGGCAAUAUAGACAGGCUCUUGGCCUGGCGUUGGAAACCCGCCGUAUGGAUAUAUUCGAAGAAUCCAUCAUGAAAUCUGAUGAUGUAGCUGGUAUGCUUCAGUAUGCUUUCACAGUUGCUAUGAGCCUGCUCCAGAACAAGGGCUUUCGUAGCACAGUCCUCCGGUCCUUGGUGGGUCUUUACAGAGGUCUGAACAUACCUGAUUAUGUUAACAUGUGCCAGUGCCUCAUCUUCCUUGAAGAUCCCCUGUCAGUAGCAGAAAUUUUAGAUAAGUUAACAAAUGGGCCCCAAGAGUCAGUCCUUAUGGCUUAUCAGAUAGCCUUUGACUUGUAUGAUUCAGCAACACAACAGUUCCUUGGCAGAGUUUUACAAGCCUUACGAAGCACAGCUCCCAUCCCUAGUGCUCUUGGUGGUAAACCACAACCUCAAGGGGGCCCAUUCCCAGAGGCAGCAGCCAUGGAAGUAGAUCAACCCGCUGAGGAAGCAAAGAAACCAGAGAGAGAUAUUGAAAGUCUGAAUGAUGAAGAAAAAGAGCACCAAAGGAGGGUUGAAAAGUUAAUAUCUAUUUUGGGAGGAGAUGUCUCUAUAGGAUUACAACUACAGUUCUUAAUUAGGUCUAACCAUGCAGAUUUACUUAUAUUAAAGAACACUAAAGAUGCCAUUAGAGUGUCUAUCUGUCACACAGCAACAGUGAUAGCAAAUGCGUUCAUGCAUUCAGGUACAACAAGUGAUCAAUUUUUGAGAGAUAAUUUAGAAUGGCUGGCUAGAGCUACCAACUGGGCAAAACUUACAGUAACUGCUUCUCUGGGAGUUAUUCACAGGGGUCAUGAAAGUGAAUCCCUGGCUCUUAUGCAAUCCUAUCUACCUAAAGAGGCAGGCCCUUCAUCCGGAUAUUCAGAGGGUGGAGGCCUAUAUGCCUUAGGUUUGAUCCAUGCCAAUCAUGGUGCAAAUAUCAUUGACUAUCUUUUAACGCAACUAAAAGAUGCACAAAAUGAAAUGGUGCGCCAUGGAGGUUGUCUUGGACUUGGUUUAGCUGCUAUGGGAACCCACAGACAAGAUGUCUAUGAACAACUCAAGUUUAACCUCUACCAGGAUGAUGCUGUAACAGGUGAAGCUGCUGGUAUUGCUAUGGGUAUGGUUAUGUUGGGGUCCAGGCAUGCAGCUGCUAUUGAAGAUAUGGUUGCUUAUGCCCAAGAAACUCAACAUGAGAAGAUCUUGAGAGGUUUGGCAGUUGGUAUUGCAUUUACAAUGUAUGGGCGUCUUGAAGAAGCUGAUGCCCUUGUACAACAAUUAUUAAGAGAUAAAGAUCCUCUAUUGCGUCGUGCUGGCUGUUACACUAUUGCAACUGCCUAUUGUGGCACUGGCAACAAUGAUUCCAUCCGAACUCUUCUACACGUUGCUGUUUCCGACGUAAAUGACGAUGUUCGUCGUGCUGCUGUAACAGCUCUUGGAUUUUUGUUAUUCAGGACACCGGAACAAUGUCCUUCUGUUGUUUCUUUGUUAGCUGAAUCAUAUAAUCCUCAUGUCCGUUAUGGUGCAGCCAUGGCCCUUGGUAUUGCUUGUGCUGGGACUGGCAACCGUGAAGCUAUUGGUCUACUCGAACCUAUGGUUAAGUUUGAUCCUGUCAACUUCGUAAGGCAAGGAGCCUUGAUUGCAUCAGCCAUGAUCCUGAUUCAACAAACUGAAGUACUGUGUCCUAAAGUUACAUAUUUCCGUCAACUAUAUGCACAAGUUAUCUCAAACAAACACGAAGAUGUAAUGGCUAAAUUCGGCGCUAUCUUGGCUCAAGGUAUCAUCGACGCAGGUGGUCGUAAUGUCACUGUUUCUCUACAAAACAGAACCGGUCACAUGAAUAUGCUGGCUGUGGUAGGCAUGCUAGUAUUUACCCAAUACUGGUACUGGUUUCCUUUGGCUCAUUGUCUCUCUUUGGCUUUUACUCCCACGUGUCUAAUUGCACUUAAUUCCGAAUUGAUGAUGCCUCAGUUAGAGUUCAAAUCAAAUUCAAAACCCUCCCUUUACGCAUACCCUGCACCACUCGAAGAAAAGAAACGUGAGGAGAGGGAAAGAGUCACCACUGCUGUUCUCAGUAUUGCCGCAGCUAAGGCUCGUAGGCGGGCGCACGGAACUGAAGGAUCCGCAAGCAGUAUGACAUCUUCUUCAACUUCUAAAAUGGAUGUUGAUGAAGAAGAGAAGAAACCUUCGAAAUCUCCGAACCCGAAUAUUACGGUUCAUGGAAAGUCCGACAAGGAUGCUGUUGCUUCUGGAUCAUCAAAGGAAGCCAAAAAAGAAGAAAAAGAAGGAGCCACAGAAGAAAAAGAAACUAAAGAAAAGAAAGAACCUGAGCCUACCUUCGAAAUAUUGAGUAACCCUGCAAGAGUAAUGAGGCAACAGUUGAAGAAUAUCACAGCAGUUGAUGGAACAGGAUUUACACCGUUGAAAGACUUGACCAUUGGGGGUAUUGUUAUGUUGCAUCACGCUGGAGAUGCCGAGCAAGUCUUGGUGGAACCUGUUGCCGCUUUCGGACCGAAAACAGAGGAAGAAAAGGAACCGGAGCCCCCAGAACCUUUCGAGUACUUAGAUGAUUGA